AUGCGCAACGAGAAUUUGACGAUCGCCGAACAGAAGGAGAAAAUUGAGGAAUGGGCGAAAACUUGUAAGAUUGAAGGACCUGCCAAAUUGAUCAAGUCGAAGAGUUCGACAAAGAAAAUGGAGGACCCCAUGAAGGAAGUGAAUAAGAAUGUUACCGAGCUAAUUGCUUACUUACCUACAGCAUUCAAAGCGUUUUCCACGAUAAUGGAAGACGAAACGCUGACUCGACAGCAACAAAAGCAAAAGAGAAGGGAACUGACUGCUAAAAAUCCUGAGGACCUGGAGGAUCUGGUGGACCUUCUUGGUGAACCCGGAGGACCUGGUGGACCUUUUGGUGGAGGACCGAAUGGCGACCUGGUUUCGGAAACGGUGGCAACAGAGGCAACAGACCAGGACCAGACGUUUUCGGAAAUGGCGGCAACUGGAACAAACCAGGUCGAAGAGCUUCGAUAUACAGCUCUUAGUUAG